AAUACGACACCCAAGCAAAUUCGUCCCGAUUGUUUUGAUUCCCGAUGAAUGGGCUGUAUAACGUAAAUUUCUUCUGUGACCCUGACACCAGAAAUCCUGCACCCCUGCACAGAACCCAGGACGUCUUACUGUGUGACUUCUGUGAAACUCUCACCUUUCAGAUUCGUCUUAAAAACAGAAUGGUUCUCUGUCAUUAUUAUCCAUAAACAUAGAAGAACAUGACGACACAAUGAAGUCAAGACAAGCUACAUCAUCUCCUCCAGUCAAACGAAUGAAGUCACGAGAAGAUGUAUCGUCUCCUCCAGUCAAAAGAAUGAAGUCACGAGAAGCUAUAUCGUCUCCUCCAGUCAAACCAAUGAAGUCACGACAAGCUACAUCAUCUCCUCCAGUCACACGAAUGAAGUCACGAGAAGCCGUAUCAUCUCCUCCAGUCAAACAAAUGAAGUCACAAGAAGCCGUAUCAUCUCCUCCAGUCAAACGAAUGAAGUCACGAGAAGCUAUAUCGUCUCCUCCAGUCAAACGAAUGAAGUCACGAGAAGAUGUAUCGUCUCCUCCAGUGAAACCACUGCUUGAUGAACCGCGACUCAUCGCCACCAUAGACACUGGAUAUGACAGUGUAGACAGUGUUAGCUGUCUCAGAGAAGAACAAAUCUGGACAUGUGAGAAUAAGGCAAUCAUGAAGCUCCUCAACCUCCAGAGUAAACUACUGACAUCAAUACGAACCAAGUCAGGGAACACACCAAGGGACAUAGCAGUGACACGGGACGGAAAUCUUGUUUAUACUGACUAUGGUGAUAAAACUGUAAACCUAGUGAGGAAUAAACAGAUACAGACCGCGAUCACACUGCUGGGGUGGGGACCUCUUAAUGUAUGCAGUACCUCCUCUAACGAUCUCCUGGUUACCAUGAUCAGUGAUAAUCGAAAACAAUCCAAAGUCGUGCGUUACUCUGACUCAACAGAGAAACAAACCAUUCAGUUUGAUGAUCAAGGUCGUCCUCUCUAUUCACCUGAUUAUAGCGAUAAAUACAUCAGUGAGAAUAGGAACCUGGAUAUCUGUGUGGCUGACCAGACAGCUAGUGCAGUAGUGGUGGUCAAUCAGUCAGGCAAACUCCGAUUUCGAUACACUGGUCAGCCCUCUAAUACCAAGUAUUCAUUUCAAAGAUUUGAUCCACGCGGUAUUACAACAGACAGUCAGAGUAACAUCCUGACAGCAGACUUAUACAAUCACCGUAUCCACAUCAUAGAUCAGGACGGACAGUUCCUCCGUUACAUUCUGAGCGUUACAUACUUCAAACCAUCCAUUCAGUUUAUGUGUGGAUAUCAGAGACAACCUCUUUGUCGCUGAACAUGGCACUGGUAAAGUGAAGAAAAUCCAAUAUCUAUAAACACAGUGUUAAUUACAUAUCUCAUGACAGUGUUAAUUACAUAUCUAAACAUAGGGAUACAGGAGGUUGUUAAUUAUAGCAGCUUGUUAAUUACAUCUACUUGUUAAUUAAAGUCCUGUGUUCAUUACAGCGCCAUGUUUGUGAUUUGUAAUUUACAUGCAUUUUUGAGUGUUUAACUGAUAAAGUAGAUAAAUUUUACUAUAUCUAUAUGAGCAUAUUUAGUGAAACAUUAUCAAUCUUAGUAUACUAAUUACUAAUUCAAAUGUGUUACUUGUUAUUUGACUAUGUUACAAGUUUAUUAUUUAUAUACAGUCUUUUGUUGACUGAUGAUUGUGUAACAAAUUAUUCAUCGAUAUACAAAAUCAGGCAUUUUGUUUUCACAAAAGAUUUAGUGCAACAGAUAUUGACUCUUAAUGAAAAUCAAUGCUGUUAUGGAUCGGAUAUUUUAAUGUCAAGUUUCAAAAAUGCAGUUGCCAAUUUGUGAUGCUAAGCGAUCAGUUAUCGUCAGAAAACAUGUCAGAUUUUUCACCAGAGCCCACCUACUCCCACACACGGCGUGAUACAAUGCAACAAUUUUGAGAGAUUGUAUAGAAUUCAAAACAAUAGGAUAGAUAUCGAAAACAUUGAACAACUUUUCAGAUAGAUCUUUUAAGUUUGAUUUAAUAAAUAUUGGUAGUAUGAAAU